AUGGCCCCUGUCGGUGCUGGGCUCUGGCGCACUCUGCGCGCCCAUCAGGUGUACGGCGCCAACACCGAUGUCGGCAAGACCAUUAUGUCAACUGUGCUUUGUAAUGCUAUCCAACAACAGAAGCAGAAGGCGGCGUUUCUAAAGCCGGUCUCCACGGGAGCGCUGGAUGAUGCGGAUGAUCGGCACUUGAAGCGAUUCGGGGCUGGGACUCUCACCAAGUGCCUCUACCAGUUCGAUGAGCCGGUGAGCCCGCAUAUUGCCGCGAAGCUGAAGAGUAUCUCGGAUGACGACUUGCUCUCAUCGAUUCACAAGACACUGUCCGACUGGGCCCGGUCAGAAAUCGACUUCGCUCUGGUGGAAACUGCCGGCGGCGUGCACUCGCCAGGUCCCAAUGGCAACUCUCAGGCAGACCUUUACAGGCCGCUACGUCUUCCUAUUGUCCUCGUCGCGGACUCUCGGCUAGGUGGCAUUUCAUCCUCUAUCUCUGCCUAUGAGUCCCUACUUCUCCGCGGCUAUGACAUCCAGUCCGUGUUGUUAUUCCGCGAUGAGUAUUAUCAGAACCACGAAUACUUGCGUGACUUCUUCAACAAAAAGAGCAUCCCACUGGUUUCUUUGCCGGCACCUCCGGCCAAGCCUCUGCAACCAGACGCUGACUCGCAAUUGCGAGACGAAGAGGCCAUGUCUAGCUACUACCAGAAGGUAUCCCAGGAGUCCGAGAUCCUCCGCCUCCUCGAGGAAAUGUCUGUUCAAAAUACACAACGAAUUGAACGCCUAGAGGAGAUGGCCAACCGGGCACAAGAUCUGAUCUGGUAUCCGUUCACUCAGCAUCAGGGCAUGUCCGCCAAGGACAUCACAGUCAUCGACUCCGCCCACGACGAUUAUUUCCAGACUUUCAACUCGGGUGCCUCUACUAAACCGGACAGUGAGCUGCGACCUACCUUUGAUGGGUCCGCGUCAUGGUGGACACAAGGCUUGGGCCACGGAAACCCGGACUUGUCUCUCUCCGCCGCGUAUGCCGCCGGUCGGUACGGCCAUGUCAUGUUCGCUGGCGCAGUCCACGAGCCUGCGCUGUCUCUGGCUGAUUACUUGUUGAAGACCCUCGACAAUCCCCGCUUUGCCAAGGUCUUCUAUACAGACAAUGGAAGUACCGGAAUGGAAGUCGCCAUAAAGAUGGGUCUUCGGGCGGCGUGCGAUCGGUACGGUUGGGAUGCUAGCCAGGAAAAGAUUAAUAUUCUUGGUCUCAAAGGUAGCUACCACGGUGAUACUAUUGGUGUAAUGGAUUGUUCUGAGCCUUCUACCUAUAAUCAGAAGGUUGAGUGGUACCGUGGUCGAGGUCACUGGUUUGAUUUCCCUCUGGUCAAGAUGGUUGAUGGGGUUUGGACUAUUGCGGUUCCCGAGGAGCUGAAAGCUGACCUGGGUGAUGAUGUUGAGUUUGAUUCGCUAAACUCGGUGUUUGAUCUCGAGCUGCGUCUGCAGUCGGAAUCUGGGCAGCGCUAUAAGAGUUACAUUCACCGGACUAUUGAGAAUUUGGUGCAGGAGAAAGGGAUGAAGUUUGGUGCUCUGAUCUUGGAACCUGUGAUCUUGGGUGCCGGAGGAAUGCUUUUCUGUGACCCGCUCUUCCAGCGCUGCUUGACAGCUGUCGUCCGCGAGAAUCCAGAAUUGUUUUCCGCUCAGAACAAUACCCCGAAAUCAUCGCCAUCCUGGUCCGGCUUGCCCGUCAUCUUUGACGAAGUAUUCACCGGCCUUUAUCGCCUCGGACGCCCGACGUCCGCAUCUUUCCUAGAUGUGCACCCUGAUAUUGCCGUCAAUGCUAAGCUCCUCACUGGUGGCUUGAUUCCUCUCUGCACGACCGUAGCUAGCCAGGAGAUUUUCGACACAUUCUCGAGCCCCGAGAAGAGCGAUGCUCUCCUCCAUGGCCACAGCUACACCGCUCACGCGGUCGGAUGUACCGUCGCAGUAGAUUCGCUCAAGACCAUGGCUGAAAUGGAUCUUAACGGAUCAUGGGAUGAAUUUAAAGCAGACUGGGGAACAGACUGGGACGCUAAAUCUGCCUCAGCGACGGCCACAAGCUCGGAUGUGUGGAGUGUCUGGUCGCAAGGUCUCUUGACGGACCUCUCCUGUGCCGAUGCGGUGGAAAGUAUCUUUGCGAUUGGUACUGUAUUGAGCAUUUCGCUACGUGAUGCCCAAGGUGGAGGGUAUACUUCUACUGCGGCGAAAGGACUUCAGCAGAAGCUGGCCGUUGGUGGCGACCAGUUCAAUGUCCACUCCCGGGUUCUGGGCAACGUGCUAUACUUGAUGUCGAGUGUGACUUCCAAGCAAGUCUCAUUGCAAGAGAUGGAGAGCCUCCUCCGGGCCUCCUUACUGUAA